AUGGUUCAGCAACCUACACAACUCGUUCUUCCAGACCUCUUCUCCUUAUGUCCUUUUCCAUGGAGUGGACCUAAUCCACACUACUCUCCCUCCAACAGACAAACGACCGAAUGGGUACUUAACUCUGGUGUCUUCGCAGACGAUGCUGGUAUUCGAGCACGUUUGGACGCUACGAUGCCUGAGAUGAUUGGAGCGUAUACUUUUCCUUAUGCUGAUGGAGACAACCUACGGAUCGUCAAUGAUUUCAUUAUGAUACUAUUUGUGUGGGACGAGAUGACGGAUGUACAGGAUGAGAAUGGUGCUAGCGAGACUCGUAAUGCUGUGGUUAGGGCCUUGACUGGCCAAUCUGGCGAUGGUUCUCCACUGGACCGUAUUACAAGAGACUUCAUGAGUCGGGUACCCUUCCCUUCUGACGCAGUCCGUAAACGAUUCAUAUCCCAUUGCAUUGAAUACAUGGACGCAACGAUAGAGGAAGCAUCUCUUCGUGAGGAAGGUGGUGUGCUCAGCAUAGAAGAAUACCUCACUUUCCGACGCAACUCUGGGGCCGUUCGUCCUUGUUUUGACCUUAUUGAGGUCGUCUUGGGUAUUACUCUGCCACGGGAGGUACUGGAAGACCCGAACUUUGUACGGGCUUGGGAUGCAGCGAAUGAUAUGGUUACCUGGUCAAACGCAUGUCUUCUCUCCUUCUCAUUUACAUAUCAUAGGGAAAGUGACAUUUAUUCAUUCGCACUGGAAUAUGCACGCGGAAUCGAAGGGUAUAAUGUAAUUAACAUCAUAAUGCAAGGCAACAGCGACAAAUUCCUCAACAUCCAAGAGGCUAUGGACCGAGUUGCAAUAUACUUCAAGCAGUUUGGGGAGACAUUUUUCAUCUGCACGGAGGGACUUCUCCGUACUCAUUCUUCGUCUUCGUCUAUUGGUUCCGAGAAGAUCGAUGAAGCUGUCCGCGCAUAUAUGUUUGGAUUGGAACAGUGGGUGUAUGGGAACCUUUCAUGGAGUUUUGAUACGAAAAGAUACUUUGGUGGGUUGAAUGAAGAGGUGAAGAGGACCGGUGUCGUGAAGCUACUUCAGCAUAAUUCUGUGGCAUGA